GGUGCGUCUCCCGAGCGGCCCCGGAAACCGCCGUGAGUGCAGCGCAGAGCGCGGGCAGGGCGGGCUGCGGUUCUUUUGACACCUGGCGGCAUGGCUGCGCUCGCAGAGAGCUGGCGUGUGGGUGAGGCGGAGGUAGAGAGCCUGCGUAACGCUGCGCUUUGUCCUGCCGGCGUUUUCUCGCACCCAGGGGCUUACGCUGAGCAGUGGCGAUCCCGCAGCACGCUGGCCUUCUGCACACGUGCUGCUGUGUGAAACUGCUUCUGGCAGAGGGAGCUGAUUGAUGCAACGUGCCUCUCUUGUGAGGCGUGCACAUGAGAAACGCGGCUUUGUUGCAGGAGUCGGUUGCCCCGUGGCUGAUGCUGUGUGGGGCGGAAGCUCCGUGCUCCUGGUGACUGUGCUUAGAGCAGGGCCUCCAGGAGUUGCGCCUGCUGCAGGCUUGGUGCUGAGCUUUUUCCUCUUCGCAAACAAUUGGUUGUCUUAAUUGAAGUAACGUGCUCUUUUCUCUGUGGGGGUGUGGUGUAGCUGUUUUGAGUGGGAUCCCCCUAAAGAAUGUCUGUGCUUCAUGGAGCCUUCAAAGUUGGCAUGAGUAUAGGGGUAUUCUUGUGAUGUGUUUGACAAGAUUUGACUUGGAAAUGAACUUGGAAGUCAAAGGACAAAAAAAGGUUAUCUGCUCUGUGGCUGUGCAGGAGACACAGACAACUUGUGCCUGAUAUGAUUUUGUUUACCUGCUUAAAAAAUACUACCCCUCUAUCUUGAAGGGGUGACAGUGAUGUUUACCAGAAAGCUUUUUUUAGCCUUUUAAAGCAGUUCAGAUACUUGUUUUGAAGGAUUGUGAUAGCUCACUUUCUAGUUUACACUCUCUCCACUGAAGAGCUGGAGGCUCCCCUGCUGUAAGUGCAGUGUGUGGAAUGGCUUAGCUUAAAACUUGGAGUGAGUUUUAGCAGACUCAUUGCAGAUGCAGAAAAGUCACACUUUCGGUGGAUGAGGUGUUAGGAAAAUAUAAUUUUUCCCAGUAAGGAGAGUUGUAAGGGGAAAAUAUUUGCGCUGAAAAGAUAUUUCAUGUUGUUUGGUGAUUCUGAAUGUCUGGAAAUUCUUUGCCUGGAAAACUGCAUUUACUAGGGAGGAGAGCAAACAUGGGGAGGUCAGCCAAAAGGUUACUGCCUGAAAACUACAGCAGUUGUGCUUUAAGGCCAGAAAUCUUAUUCAUCAACAACCUCAAAGGCAUGUUUGUUUCUCAUCUGUAAGUUGGCUUUAUGACAGUGUCCUGGUUCAUAUGGCACUGUGCAACUGUCAAUUUUCAGUACAUGAUAAGAAGAUUUAUGCAACUGCUGUUGUUUGGCUGGCCUGCCUGCAUAGCACUUCCAGAAAUGUCAGUGCUCCUCUAAGUAGCACUGCCCAGAGCUGCUCCAAGUAGGAAAUGCUGGCAAGAUGGGUGUUCAUGGACUCCUGUAGGCAUGUCACUGGGGUGAUACUGCACAUCAAGUACCUCCUGCUUGAAGUCUGAAGCAGUGAGCCCUCAACAGUAAGAAGGCAUCCUUAGCUUCAAAAGAAACUGCUGGUGAAGUAGUAUUAUGGCAGCCUAAUGGUCAGAGCAUUUGGAUGGGACGGGUCAAAGCACUGUUCAUGUUCCCUCCUGUCUUAGUUUUGAGUCCCAGUUUUCUGUUUACUGGAAGAAUGUCUUUACUUUUUCCCUUCCAGCCUCCAUGAUUCUGUAACCACUGAGCUGAAAAAAAAAAAAGUUCGAAAGCAGUACCAUCUCAGGGAAGCAGUAACCUGUUGUGGGUCUCUUGGAGCAAUAACUUAAACCAAUAAUGAGCAGAUGAUACCAGGUAAAAGGUGUUUGGUUAACGUCAUCACUGUGGCAACACUGCUCAAGCAGCAUCAACAAGCCAGGGACUUCUUUGCUCCCAAGUCACUAGGAAACAUGCCCAGUAUCUCAGCAGCCAAAGUGACUGCAGUCUCAACAUAAAUAUAUGUAGAUCUCACAGCCAUGUCUGUUAGUGCAACAGAGAGUGAUCCUCCUAGAUUCUUUGUUGGUGGAGAAGAUGGAGAAGAGCUGUUGGAUUCAGCCAGACCUACGGAUUAUGAACAUUUCUAUGACCAUGGGGAAGAAGAAGAGGAAGAAUAUGACUCGCCACCAGAAAGACAAAUUGCAGUUGGGAUUUGUUCAAUGGCCAAGAAAUCAAAGUCCAAACCGAUGAAAGAAAUUCUUGAACGUCUCUCCAUGUUUAAGUACAUUACUGUUGUAAUAUUUGAGGAGGAUGUUAUUUUGAAUGAGCCAGUAGAAAACUGGCCAUUAUGUGACUGUCUCAUUUCUUUCCAUUCUAAAGGAUUUCCACUGGACAAAGCAGUUGCCUAUGCAAAACUCAGGAAUCCAUUCAUAAUCAAUGACUUGAAUAUGCAGUAUCACAUACAAGACAGGAGAGAAGUGUAUGGUAUUCUUAAAGCUGAAGGCAUUUUACUUCCUCGUUAUGCAGUUCUGAACCGUGAUCCAAACAAUCCACAAGAAUGCAACUUGAUUGAAGGAGAAGAUCAUGUGGAAGUGAAUGGGGAAAUUUUCCAAAAGCCUUUUGUAGAAAAACCAGUUAGUGCUGAGGACCACAAUGUUUACAUUUAUUACCCAACAUCUGCUGGGGGUGGAAGCCAGAGGCUUUUUCGAAAGAUUGGCAGCAGAAGCAGUGUUUAUUCCCCUGAAAGCAGCGUGAGAAAAACAGGCUCCUAUAUUUAUGAGGAAUUUAUGCCUACGGAUGGCACGGAUGUGAAGGUGUACACAGUAGGUCCUGACUAUGCUCAUGCUGAAGCCCGGAAGUCCCCAGCUCUUGAUGGCAAGGUAGAGCGGGAUAGCGAAGGAAAAGAAGUGAGGUAUCCAGUCAUCCUGAAUGCAAGAGAGAAGUUAAUUGCUUGGAAAGUAUGCCUUGCCUUUAAGCAAACAGUUUGUGGCUUUGACUUGCUGCGUGCUAAUGGACAGUCAUAUGUCUGUGAUGUGAACGGCUUCAGUUUUGUGAAAAACUCCAUGAAAUACUAUGAUGAUUGUGCUAAGAUACUGGGAAAUAUCAUAAUGAGAGAACUUGCUCCCCAGUUUCAGAUACCAUGGUCAAUUCCUUUGGAAGCUGAAGACAUCCCUAUCGUGCCAACCACCUCUGGGACAAUGAUGGAGCUUAGAUGUGUUAUAGCUGUAAUACGUCAUGGAGACCGAACACCAAAACAAAAAAUGAAAAUGGAAGUAAAACAUCAAAAAUUUUUUGAUCUCUUUGAAAAAUGUGAUGGAUAUAAAUCUGGAAAACUAAAACUGAAAAAGCCAAAACAACUGCAGGAAGUGCUUGAUAUAGCAAGGCAACUCCUUGUGGAACUUGGGCAGAACAAUGAUUCUGAAAUUGAGGAAAGUAAAGCAAAACUUGAACAGCUAAAGACUGUGUUAGAAAUGUACGGGCAUUUUUCAGGCAUAAAUCGCAAAGUUCAGUUAACGUAUCUUCCUCAUGGCUGCCCGAAGACUUCCAGUGAAGAGGAAGAUAACAGAAGAAAUGAACCAUCCCUCCUGCUGGUCCUAAAAUGGGGAGGAGAACUGACCCCUGCAGGCAGGGUUCAAGCAGAGGAGCUUGGAAGGGCAUUCAGGUGUAUGUAUCCAGGUGGACAAGGAGAUUAUGCUGGAUUUCCUGGCUGUGGUUUACUUAGAUUACAUAGCACUUACCGACACGAUCUCAAAAUCUAUGCUUCUGAUGAGGGACGAGUUCAGAUGACUGCAGCAGCUUUUGCAAAGGGACUACUGGCCUUAGAGGGCGAGCUGACUCCUAUUCUUGUCCAGAUGGUAAAAAGUGCUAAUAUGAAUGGUCUAUUGGACAGUGACAGCGAUUCUUUAAGCAGCUGUCAGCAUCGUGUUAAAGCAAGGCUCCAUGAAAUUCUCCAGAGAGACAGAGAAUUUACUGCUGAUGACUACGAUAAGCUUACACCAUCUGGAAGUAUCUCGUUGAUAAAAUCAAUGCAGGUUAUUAAAAAUCCCGUUAAAACAUGUGACAAAGUCUACUCCUUGAUCCAGAGCUUGACUUCUCAGAUUAGGCAAAAAAUGGAAGAACCAAAGUCUGCAGAUAUUCAGCUGUACCACAGUGAAACACUAGAACUGAUGCUGCGCAGGUGGGCCAAGCUGGAAAAAGACUUUAAAACAAAGAAUGGAAGAUAUGAUAUUAGCAAAAUUCCUGAUAUUUACGACUGUAUAAAAUAUGAUGUGCAGCACAAUGGCUCCUUAAAAUUAGAAAACACAAUGGAGUUAUACAGGCUUUCAAAAGCUUUAGCUGACAUUGUGAUUCCUCAGGAAUACGGUAUUUCUAAGGCUGAGAAACUAGAGAUUGCCAAAGGUUACUGCACACCUCUAGUUAGAAAAAUCCGUUCUGACCUUCAGAGAACUCAAGAUGAUGAUACUGUAAAUAAGCUUCACCCUCUUUACUCCAGGGGUGUUAUGUCCCCUGAACGCCAUGUUCGCACACGACUGUAUUUCACCAGCGAAAGUCAUGUUCAUUCCCUGUUAUCCACCCUUCGUUAUGGUGCCUUAUGUGAUGAAACAAAAGAUGAACAAUGGAAACGAGCUAUGGAUUACUUAAAUGUUGUCAAUGAACUCAAUUACAUGACACAGAUUGUUAUCAUGCUCUAUGAGGAUCCAAAUAAGGAACUUUCUUCAGAAGAACGUUUUCAUGUAGAGCUGCACUUUAGUCCAGGAGCCAAAGGCUGUGAGGAAGAUAAAAAUUUACCAUCUGGAUAUGGAUACAGACCUGCCUCCCGAGAGAAUGAAGGCUCGAAGAAAACCUCACAUAGAAAUGAUAGUGAUGAGGAGGCACAUACUUCUAAAAGGGAUGAAACCGAUCGGUCAGUAGUGAUGUUCAAGCCAAUGGUAUCAGACCCAAUUCAUAUACACAGAAAGUCACCCCUUCCAAGAUCCAGGAAGAUUGGUUCUGUUGAAGAAGAGAGCCCCCUGAGUGUGUCUAGCCCAGAGUGUAUUGGUACCUGGCUGCAUUACACCAGUGGUGUGGGUACUGGGCGUCGAAGACGCAGAUCAGGGGAACAAAUCACUUCUUCCCCUGUCUCCCCUAAAUCAUUGGCUUUCACAUCCAGUAUUUUUGGCUCAUGGCAACAGGUCCUAUCAGAAAGCAAUAGUAACUUACGGACACCAAGAACUAUUCUGGAACAAAAGCAGAGUGGUCUAGGGUCUCACUGUGCGGGCCUGUUUAGCACCUCAGUGCUCGGGGGUUCUUCAAGUGCACCUAACCUACAGGAUUAUGCUCGUACUCAUCGUAAAAAGCUGACUUCUUCUGGCUUCGUAGAUGACACCACACGCGGUUCUGCUGUUAAAAGGUUUUCUAUCUCAUUUGCUCGACACCCAACCAAUGGUUUUGAACUAUAUUCCAUGGUGCCUUCUAUUUGCCCUCUGGAAACUCUUCACAACUCCCUGUCGCUGAAGCAGGUGGAUGAAUUUCUUGCCUCUGUUGCUGCUUCAUCAAAGGAGAACCUACAGGAGACAUCUUCUCCAACUUAUAUGAGUCCAUUGUCAGGAAGAAAAAUUCCACUGAAUACAUACACCCCUGCAAAAAUUCAACCAACACCACUUGAAACUUUGCCGGAAAAGCCAGCAAUAGAGAAACCAACCUCAUCUUCCAGUGAAUCUUCUGUCUGUGUACCUGAUGUUAAGCUAUCUGCUGAAGAAGCCUCGCUAGAUGCAGAACUUAAUAGUGACACUUUUUCUGAGAAUAAGUGAAUUUGAGUAAAUAAAACUGGAAAGAACUUAAACAAUUUUUUUAGUGUUCAUUCAAAUAAGUAAUCGAUCACGCAAAAGCCAUUCAUGUCUGCAAUUCAUAGUGCAUUUAAGAACCUUCUGUUUAAACAAGGUUAAUUAAUGUGCAUUGUACAUAGGUUUGUCAAAUGUCUUUUCUCAUUUUCUAAAAAUUUCAGGAAAUAUUUAUCAGUUUGAACUGCACACCUCUAAAGAAAAAGCUGCACGUGAACCUUUUCAGUGUCUUCAGAUAUUGACUGUAAACUUGUACAAAAGUGGUAUGUGUUACAGAGGCUCUGUUGAUGUCACUGUAAUGAAGCAUUGUCUGUUGUCAUUAUGAACUUCUAUUUUCAGGAGUUUAUAAUUUGCCUGCAGAUUUCUUUUGUGGGUUGAAAUGUAACACACAUCUUGGCUAAAAGGUGUUUUCUUUCUUUUUUUUUUUUUCUUUUUUUUUUUUUAAGUUAACUACAUUUCCAAAGAGAUCUCUUUUGCCUGUUGUUAAAAAUAAGCAGGUGAUUUCUGCAUUUGAACAAUUUUGUAUCAUAUAUGCUGCAAUAAUUAGGCAUGAUGGAGUGAGUCAAUGUACUUUUACGUUUGAGUCUCCUGUGUUUACAUCAGACCUGUAACAUUCAAAGUACCUUCUCUUUUGUUGUUUAGUAUACAUGCUUGUAUACGGGUACCUGUAUAUCAUCCAGCAGAUAAAACUGUCUUUUCUAUGUUUUUAUCAAAAAAAAAAAAAGUCUUUUGUUUACUAAAAGGACAGCUUUAUUUGCUUUGCUGUAUGUUUCUACAAGAAGAUGAUGUUAAAAAGCAGGGUUUAUAAAAAGAGAAAAGGUUACAGCUGGUCUGCUAGUAAGUUUAUCCUAAAAACUGUAAAUAUUCUGUCUAUACUUUAUUCCCAUCCCUUCAGAGUAAAGAGAGAGUGUGAUCUGCCAGGACUCAGUUCCUGAUGUUGCAAAAUACUCAGGCGUGAGCAUGGCAUGGGGAUUUCCAUAACCCUGUCCUUCCAAUCCAGGGGAUAGACAGCAGCUCUUAUUAAAGGACAUUAAUGAUUUUGUAAGAUCUGUGAGAAGCAUUACCAUGUCAGUGGAACCUCGAGUUACCGGAUUAUCUGAUCAUCCAGUCUCAGCAGUUCUGUCAUUUUCUGUGGCAUGACGUACCAUUGAUGAUUACACUUAUUCCAAAUGUAUGAAAAUAGUGUCCACUUUUUUCCGUUCAAGUGGCAGAUAAUUAUUACUGACUUAAUAAGCUAAGAGUUAAGGUUUCAUGUUUAAGUUGCAUAGCUUCUGAGUAAUAUUUUUCAGUAGGGCUCUUUCUCAUCUCCAGAGCCAGUGCAACUGUAAUGUUAUUCACCUUGCCACAGGGUCUGUGUCUUUACCACGUGUGAAAUAGCUUCAGCACACUGAUUAUAAAAACUGCUGGUUAAAUACCAAAAAUAUGAAGGGUUUCACAGCUAUAUACUUAAAACAUUUCAUUUUUGUAGUGUAACUGUUAUUGACAGUGUUUGUCUUGCACACAACUGAAUGUACACAUUGUUUACCAUUUGAAAAAAUACUGUUAAAAGUAUGCAUACCAUUCCAGUCAACCAAAGCUGUGGCAUAAUUUUUUUUUUUAUGUGCUCCUAAAUAAAAACAAGGCCAUUGGCAA